AUGACGAAAGUUGGCCAGAAAGAUUCUCCGGUUAUACCAGAAGCUCCGACGUCGGCUAAAAAACGAUUUUGGACUCCGGGAAGAUUUGUUGCGAUCUUGUGUAUUGUUAACUUGAUUAAUUAUGUGGAUCGAGGAGUGAUUGCAAGUAAUGGUGUUAAUGGAAGCGCAAGAACAUGUGAUGCUAAAGGUGUUUGCUCACCAGGAACUGGAAUUCAGGGAGAGUUUAAAUUAUCUAACUUUCACGAUGGUCUUUUGUCAUCUGCAUUCAUGGUUGGACUUCUUGUGGCUUCUCCUAUAUUCGCUGGAUUGUCGAAAAGUUUCAAUCCUUUUAAACUAAUCGGAGUCGGAUUAACUGUUUGGACUAUUGCUGCUACUGGUUGCGGUUUUUCCUACAACUUCUGGAUGAUUGCUGUAUUUCGAAUGUUUGUUGGGGUUGGUGAGGCUUCCUUUAUUAGUCUUGCAGCACCGUAUAUUGAUGAUAGUGCUCCUGCUGCACGAAAAAAUCUCUGGCUUGGACUGUUCUACAUGUGUAUACCAGCAGGAGUUGCUCUCGGCUACGUGUUUGGUGGAUAUGUCGGAGACCAUAUCGGGUGGCGCUGGGCGUUUUACAUUGAGGCAAUCGCAAUGCUUUUCUUUGUUGUUUUGUCCUUUUGUAUCAAACCACCUCAGCUAAAAGGUUUUGCUGAUAAAGAUUUGAAGAAGCCCUCUACAUCUAUUGAAACUGUCGCUCCUACAGAUGCAGAAAGUUCACAAAUAAAAACCGUAAUCCUCAAAUCCAAGAGUCAGAAGAACCCUGUAGUCCUAUUUGGAAAAGACUUGAAGGCCCUUUUCUCCGAGAAAGUAUUCAUCGUAAAUGUACUUGGUUACAUCACCUACAACUUUGUAAUCGGAGCUUACUCAUAUUGGGGACCAAAAGCUGGUUUUGGUAUCUACCAAAUGAAAAAUGCAGACAUGAUUUUUGGAGGGCUUACAAUCAUCUGUGGGAUAAUUGGAACAUUAGGUGGAAGCUAUGUGCUUGAUCGCAUAAACGCUACACUCUCAAACACCUUCAAGUUACUAGCUGCAUCAACUUUGCUCGGCGCAGCGUUUUGUUUUACUGCUUUCUGCAUGAAGAAUAUGUAUGCCUUCAUCGGUCUAUUCGCAAUUGGAGAAAUCCUAAUCUUUGCACCACAGGCUCCAGUGAACUUUGUGUGUCUCCAUUGUGUUAGACCAAACUUGAGACCACUAUCAAUGGCUUGUUCAACAGUUUUGAUCCAUGUCUUAGGCGAUGUUCCUUCUUCCCCACUUUACGGCAAAAUGCAGGAUCGUCUUAAAAAUUGGAGAACAUCAACUCUUAUAAUUACUUCAAUCCUCUUCCUCGCAGCUAUUAUAUGGAGUAUUGGGAUAUUUAUGAAUAGUGUGGACCGGUCUAAUGAAGAAAGUGAAGAUGAUGAGAUCGAAGAGAAGAAAUUGGAAAGCAAAGCAGCAGAGAACUCUUCACUCGUUUAA